AUGGGUGACGGGAGUCGCAAAGCUGUUGUAAAAAAUGCGGAUAUGUCAGAAGAGAUGCAACAAGAUGCCAUCGAAGUAGCCACACACGCGUUUGAAAAGUUCAACAUUGAGAAGGAUAUUGCGGCCUACAUUAAAAAAGAAUUCGACAAGAAGCACAGCCCAACAUGGCAUUGCGUUGUGGGUCGUAAUUACGGAAGCUAUGUCACGCAUGAGACAAAACAUUUUAUCUAUUUCUAUACGGGUCAAGUUGCUAUUCUGCUCUUCAAAUCCGGCUAG